CUGCCAGUGGACAAUCAAACCUACACACCCACCUCUGUCUACACUCGCCUGUUCAACAUUUCUUACUUCUGCUAGAAAAAUACAUAGCUACAGCAAACCUCUGAGCUCUGAAUCGCAUCGCGGCGCAUCGUGAUACACCAGCAGCAAUAGCUCCAAAAGAAAGCACAACAUGGAGUCCCCUCCAGAUCCAGCGAGCGACCCGGGCAACGGCGUCUCAGAGCCGGUUACCCCGGUCAGGGAAACCCCGGUAAACCUGGAGACCCUCCGCAAAGCUGAGCACCAAGCCCCGGUGCGCCGGCAGAGCUGCUCCAGCACCAACAGAGGAAUUUCAGUAACAAAGAAGACACACACCUCUCAAAUCGAAAUAAUUCCCUGCAAGAUCUGUGGAGACAAAUCAUCAGGCAUCCAUUAUGGCGUGAUAACGUGCGAGGGCUGCAAGGGUUUCUUCAGGAGGAGUCAGCAGAGCAAUGCGGCGUACUCAUGCCCGCGUCAGAAGAACUGCCUGAUUGACCGCACCAGCCGGAACCGCUGCCAGCACUGCAGGCUGCAGAAGUGUCUGGCCGUGGGCAUGUCACGUGACGCGGUGAAGUUUGGCAGGAUGUCAAAGAAGCAGCGGGACAGCCUCUAUGCGGAAGUGCAGAAACACAGGCUCCAGCAGCAACAGCGGGACCACCAGCAGCAGCCCGGUGAGGCCGAACCUCUUACCCCAACCUACGGCCUCUCCACCAAUGGCCUGACCGAGCUCCAUGAUGACCUGAGCGGCUACAUGAACGGCCACACGCCCGACGGCACCAAGCCUGACUCUGGGGUCAGCAGCUUCUACCUGGACAUUCAACCCUCGCCCGACCAGUCCGGGCUGGAUAUCAACGGCAUCAAGCCAGAGCCCAUCUGCGACUUUACCCCGGGCUCGGGCUUCUUCCCCUACUGCUCCUUCACCAAUGGGGAGACAUCCCCCACCGUUUCCAUGGCUGAGUUGGAACAUCUGGCCCAGAACAUUUCCAAGUCCCACAUGGAGACGUGUCAGUACCUGAGAGAAGAACUUCAGCAGAUGACCUGGCAGGCGUUCCUUCAGGAGGAGGUGGAGAGCUACCAGAACAAGCCUAGGGAAGUCAUGUGGCAGUUGUGUGCCAUUAAAAUCACAGAGGCCAUUCAGUAUGUGGUGGAGUUUGCCAAGCGCAUCGACGGCUUCAUGGAGCUCUGUCAGAAUGAUCAGAUAGUGCUUCUCAAAGCAGGCUCUUUGGAGGUGGUGUUCGUCAGAAUGUGCCGUGCCUUCGACCCUCAGAACAACACAGUCUAUUUUGACGGAAAGUAUGCGGGCCCUGAUGUCUUUAAGUCAUUAGGUUGCGACGACUUGAUCAGCUCCGUCUUCGAGUUUGGGAAAAACUUGUGUUCUAUGCACCUCUCUGAAGACGAGAUCGCCCUGUUCUCCGCCUUCGUGUUGAUGUCUGCAGAUCGAUCCUGGCUCCAGGAGAAGGUGAAGGUGGAGAAACUCCAGCAGAAGAUCCAACUGGCCCUCCAACAUGUUCUACAGAAGAACCACAGAGAGGACGGCAUACUGACAAAGUUGAUAUGCAAAGUGUCCACGCUGCGAGCCCUGUGCAGCCGGCAUACGGAAAAGCUGACGGCGUUCAAAGCAAUAUACCCAGACAUUGUCCGUGCCCACUUCCCCCCCUUGUACAAGGAGUUGUUCGGAUCAGACUUUGAGCAGUCCAUGCCCGUUGACGGGUAGCGCUUCCCCGCGCCCACCCCGCCCGGGGGGAAUUCACACCGUGGGGAAUGUCAAGCAUAAAUCUGAGACACUUUAGCAGUGCCCUGCACAUAUACACACACACCUGGACGGACGACACACUGCACACACACUUUUCCCACUUUUCCCCUUUUUUUCUUUGUUAAGGUUUUUUUUUUUUUUUUUUUUCGUGGGAGAGGAGGUAAUGGACUGGGUUUGACUCCAGCGGUUUAUUUUUGGGGUUUGUUCCCUCCUUUUACUGACACAGGUGGGAUUCGGAGCCCAGGGGAGAGGAUGAGAAGAUGAAGACACUUGUUUUUCCCGAACGCUUUUUCCCUCGCUCUCUUUCUCUCUCCGGCUGAACCUGAAGAGUCCACGCGUUCGUUUCUCGAGAACGGUCCCUUGGCGAUUUGUCACGAUCAGCAUAAAUUGUUUUGACUCGUUUCCAAAUGGAAAAAAAACGAUUCCCAGAGAGCAUCCGCCUGGAAUCCGGCAGAACACGGAAGCCCUUUUCAAGCCAAGAACAUGAAAUAAAAAGUUGUGAUCAAAAAGUCGAUUAUCCGAACUGUUCCAGCAGUUGUUGUAGCAGCAAAAAAAAGUCUACGUAGAAAAUAAUACGUGGUUAGUUUCUUCCUCCCUGUGCGCCUGUGGAUUUGUUUUCUUUUUUUGGGAUGUCAAACCAGCACCGAACGAUGAAGAAUAUGAAGUGAGAGAGAAAGAGAGAUACGGAGAAGGAGUGUGAUGUAGAGUCAACACAAAACAGCACCUUUCUACGGACAAUCGAGAAAAAAAAAAAAAAAAACCCGAAGGAACAUCGUAGAAUUCUGGUAAUUCUAGUCGCGAUUGCUUUUUAGCCGUCAGAGACUCCAUCUAUCAUAGUUGCUUAGUGAUAUCGUUUAAGGCCAUCUGCUAUUAAGUCCCUCUCCGGAAUGGUGUUAACGUAACGUAACGGUCCGACCACCAACAUCGAUGCAAUGCAAGGGUCCAUUCCACCUGUUUUCUAACGUGUUACAGGGUAUACGAUCAUAAGUACAAACUAUACAGAAAAAAAAAUAAUGUUUAUAGAAUCUAUUUUAAAUAACAUGUAUGAUAUUAGUAGCUAGACUAUUCUUAAUUGUGAAAAAUUGAUAAGGCACUUUUAUUUGCACCUUUCUUUAAUUUAAGACUUGUAUAUUUACCUAGUGAUGUGUUGCAUGUAUAAAUACCACGGUUAUGGAGAACGAGUGCUGAAACCCUAACGCUGCUGAGGGUGGGUGCGUGUUUGCGUGCGUGUUUGUGUAUUUAUUUGCGCGAGGCGGAGGUUGGUGCUGGGUGAAGCCGGAUCACGCGAUCUAAGGGGGGGUAUGUAAAGUACAUUCAAUGUCUGCCACCUUUAAUGGGAAAUAAAAUAGCAAAACAUGAAACGUCCCAUUAUGAAAACCUAAGCGCACCACGUCCAAAGGGCUGUUGAAUGCAAACGAACCCUUUUUUCCACACACAUCAUGUGUUGUUUAAUGGUUCCAUCUAGUGGUGGCUGUGUGGAGGAGUUUUAAACUGGCUCUUGUGAGGGCCUUUGCCCAGCAACAACGCUCGUCGGGAACGUAAGAGUGGAUAAAAAGACGAAAAAAGAGAAAUAUUCAAAGCCUUGUCUGGUUGAAAUCCUCUAUUUUUGUAACAUUGUACAGUGCUUAUGAAGCCUAUGAAAGAAAAAGGGAAAGAACGAAGGAUGAUAUAGCACUUAAUCCUGCAAUAAUUAGAAUCUGUGUUUUUUUUUAUAAUUUUUUUUUUUGUCUUUUUCAAAGAACAAGACAAUGGUAGUAAUAGUGCUAUUUUUGGAAUACCUAACUGUUGUGUGUUGCGCGUGUUUGUACGUCUCUUGAAUGUGCCAUAGUGGUCUUUCCUGCUUUUUUGAGUCUGAAAAAUUUGUUGUAUUGUAACAUUCCAGUAAAAGUAUGUUGUGGCGUUUAGAAAAUCCCGGAAUAAUCCAGAAAAAACUUCAUUGAUCACUUCUACGACCACUGACCUUUUGAGAAACUUUGAAUAGAUCUUGGUAGCUUCAUAUCGCUUUUUUCCCCCUAUGACGCAAAGUAUUUUCCUCAGGGAAGAGUCUGUCUAACUCAAUUCUGAAACUGGUAGCUUAAACAUGUUAGUCAGCUCUACGUUGCAUUUUAAACUCAAUAAUUUGAUCUUGAUGGCAUGUUCAGUACAGAUAAAUAAUAGCAUUUUUAUCAUAAUUAUGUCAGUAACUACUGCUAACAAAAUAUUAGUCUGUGCAAUGCAUCCCGAAGAAGUCCUGCUUCAAUCUGUGAUUGACAAUCCAGGUUCAUGUUUAGUUCUUUAAAACAGUAAAUCAGCAGUUUGUGUACUAUAAGGCUCAGGGAGAGUAGUAUUGAGUAAUAAUUGAGCAGGGAUAAUGAGAUCAGUUCCAAAACCUAGUGAGCUGCCUACCUAGAUGGCAUUUUAGCUGUGCUUCGGACACAAAAUGUCUCUCAAAAGGGUCGGAAGUACUCAGUUUUGUCCACAUUUUAAGGCAAUCACAGAAUAUACUGUGACAGAAUUUGUAAAAAACGUUCUUUCGGCAUGGUGUAGGAGUCAACCCUGAUAGCACACGUACAUCACAGAGAAGUCUAUUUGACGUCUGCAUUUACAUCUGCAAGACAUUUUUUAGAGUGUUUGCUCAUCUGCAAUAUGUCUAUUGGACGUUUCCUAUCAGAUGUCAAAUAGACGUCUGUUAGAUGUCUUUAAGAUGUUUAUAAUUUUGAAUGUAUGUAAAACUGACAUCUGAAAGAUGUCUGUCAGACGUUUGUACACAGCAGAUGCUUUCCCAAUCAAGAGAUCUUUAACAGACAUCUUGCAGAUGUACAUAUGCUAUCUGGGAAUAGAUAUGAACCCUAAUAGCACAUGUACAUCACGGAGACGUCUAUUUGACGCCUGCAUUUACAUCUGCAAGACGUAUUAUUUAGAUUGUUUGCUCAUCUGCAAUACGUCUAUAGGACGUUUCCUAUCAGAUGUCAAAUAGACGUCUAUUAGAUGUUUAUGAUUUAGAAUGUAUGUAAAACUGACAUCUUACAGACGUCUGUGAGACGUUUGUACACAGCAGAUGCUUUCCAGAUCAAGAGAUCUUUAACAGACAUCUUGCAGAUGUACAUAUGCUGUCUGGGAAUAGAUAUGAACCCUGAUAGCACGUGUACAUCACGGAGACGUCUAUUUGACGCCCGCAUUUACAUCUGCAAGACAUAUUUUUUAGAGUGCUUGCUCAUCUGCAAUACGUCUGUUGGACGUUUCCUAUCAGAUGUCAAACAGACGUCUAUUAGAUGUCUAUGAGAUGUUUAUGAUUUAGAAUGUAUGUAAAACUGACAUCUUACAGACGUCUCUCAGACGUUUGUAGACAGAAGAUGCUUUCCAGAUCAAGAGAUCUUUAACAGACAUCUUGCAGACGUACAUGUGCUAUCUGGGAAUAGGUUUCAAAAGAACUGAUAAAUAAUAGUUAAAUCAUAUUUAAAAGGUCAUUUUUACCCAAAAUUUAAGGUCGAAGUAUGCUUUUAGCAUAGCAACAUGCUAACAUAAAACUCCAUUGGAAUCAAUUGCAAGCAGAGACAAGCUAUUCCUUUCGAAAAUUAACCGAAAUUUCGAAAUUUUAUUAUAGUAAAAGUGUAGUAACCAUGUUUUUUGGCACAUUGAUCACCAUUUGUAUAACCAUAGUUUUACUACAAAUACCAUGGUUAAACUAUGGUUAAUGUACCAAGACCGUGGUUAAUUUUUGGUUACAAUGGUUUAACUAUAAUAACCAUGAUUUUUUUGGUUUUAUUUGUAGGUUUUAUUUUGGAGAUGUUGCCUAUGUAGACCGCAGACAGGAAGGUAGCUCACUAGGAACAGAAUUGAACCCAAAACAACCUGGUAAUGAUGUUAAAGUACAAAUGGGAACAAACACUCAUCUCAUUUUUCAUCUUUCGCAAUUACAGGCCCAAGUCCUACCAUGGUAUUCACUAGCAUGAUUGCUGUCAAGUCAAAAGAAGAUGGUAGUCCAUCAUAAACAAUGCAAAACGUGUCAUUUCAUAUAGUUGCCCCCCCCAUAGACUUUAUCAAAUCACCCAGCGAGCUCCAAGAUCGACUUCCCGAAAACCCAACAAAGCAAGAUAACAACCUCAAGCGUGCUACGCUAAUUUCCAGCUUUGUUUUUCUCUGGAUGGGGAUUUGUUUUAAUCGUCACUCAUAAUUGUUCGAGUCUAUGUGCCAAAUACCUCUUCACGAUUUGCUCCACCUUCAGACGUCCGCGCGGGCGAAUCGUCGCGCGUGACAAAUACGGGUUUCUACAGGGUAACCACUGCUGUGGAGUCCCCUUGAUGAACAAGCUUUGCUGUUUCCUGUCCAAUGAUCCUCACGUCGGUUCUAACACCACGAACGCUGUAGUAAAGUCACGUUUUACCACUUUUUGCAUGUCGUAUUUUGUCGGUGUAGUUUGUAUUAGACUUUUAAAGCAAUAUGCUAAGGGAUAGAACUUUGGGACAAAUUUAUUUUUUCUAACAUACAAGCAAAGGUACUUAAACACCUCGGGAUCUGUGGUAUUUUAGACGCGUGAAGAGAAAAGUCCUCGGUGGAAGAUCCAUACAUUUUCCCUUGUAAAUUUGAACGAAAUUCUUUUUCAACUGUGGUUUCCUCUACGUGAGAAGCAAUAUACGUCCGAAUGUGGAUGCGAGAGUGUGUACAAGCGGAACAGUGUGUGUGUUCGUGCUAUUUGUAAUGUUCGCUUAAGGUCAAACCCCCCAGACAAGGCUUUAAAAGAUCAGACGCAGCAGGGUGAGAUGGUGAAUUGUAUGUAAGAUCUUACGUUUUUUUCCCAGGAUUUAAAAUGUUUUUCGUAGCACUGAGCUUGAAUCCCUUGACGAGGCUGUACAAGCAUGACACACUGCACCUCGAUGUUAAUUUCGAUUAGAGUUAUGCAAACGCAGCAAGGCCUAUGCACUCACGUUCAAACGAAAGGCACAUUUACCGUUUUUUAUUUCCGCGAUUCCGAUCGACGGAUUGAACGUGUCAUGCUCGCGACAGCGUUUGAGCUUGAAGGUUGAAGUGUUACUACGAUUUACGUCAAUCAUUUUCCUCGCGUUUCCUUUCCAAAAGCACAGCUGACGCGUUGUUAAAAGUGAACUAUGUUUAGAUAAUAGACGAAAAGAAAAGUCUUUAGCCAUAAUCGAAUGUCAAGCAAUAAUAUAUAUGGUGUAUUAUGAUUCAUUUUGUGCAUAGGCUUUGAACAUCUGCAUGUAAAUACAUUUUCUUAUUUAUCGCGUUUGAUUUUUUCCGCUUUGGGUUUUUCGCUCUCUUAUUUUUUGUUUGUUUGUUUGUUCGUUUUAUUUGUAUAUUGACUAGUUCUGUUCCCGGGUGGAGAACUACGAACGUCAAAUGGCCUGUAAACUGUACAGCUACGUUUCCCUGUCCUCCUUUCGGCUUUUAAUUCACGAUAUUUAAUGUUCUAUCGAUCACAUGUAUAAAAGUAACUUUGUAACUUCUGUCUGUAUAGGUAAGAAGAAAAUACUGCUAUUAAGACCUGCUCAGUGCAAAUAUUUAUCUGUUUUAUCAGACACAUCAUGCUGUACAAUAUCUCUGUUUUGAGUAUACUUCUCUCUUUUAGACUUAGUUCGAUUAGCGCUAGGGUGUGCGGACAUUAAUUUUUGUGUUAUACUGAUGUGUGGUGCUAGGUAAGUUACUUUUGUGAACAAAAAUUAUGGAUUCAUAGACUAGGCCACCCUCUUAGUCCAUUCAUUUCACUGAGUAUUGAUGCAUUCUUGAUAUUAGGACUCGAUAAAUAAUAAUAAUAAUAAUGAUAACAAUAAUAACGAUAAAGAUAACGAUAGUGGUAAAUUUACUUUCGAAUACCCAGCAAGUACCUGUAUCAGUGUGCUAGUCUUGGGACGCAGCUUGUUUCCUUCCCACUUUUAAGAUUAUUAGCAAGUAUCAGCUAAGUAAAUUUCUAUUAAACGUCACAGUUUUGACUUUUUCGCAACGAGGAUGAUUGUUCAUGCUUAAAAAAAAAUGAAAAAGCAGCAGUAUUGUGUUUCCUUUUUGAUUGUUUCGAAACCGUAGCUGGAGGAGUUUCUAAUCCAGUGCUUGUUUUCUGUAUCGGGCGCUGGAAGGACUUUAAACACGCGAUAAAGUACCGGAUUGUCUGCCGCCUUUUAACUCCCUCCAUUUUUUUUUUGAAUCUACCCUCUGUUUUUUUAAAAACGCGCUUUGUAAACAUUCGUUUUUUUUUUCCCGCUCACUUACACUUACAUACACACACAAUGGUUAAGUGUUAUAAAUUGUACAGGACGAAGGCGGUUGUACGAAGUUUUGUGCGAAACUGUUUUUAUCUUUGUAGCAAGGCAGAAUCUACUUGCAAUAAUACAUAGCAAACUACGCUGAGUGCCUCUCAGUGGUACAGGAUGCAGAAACUAUUCGUCCGUUUCGUUUUCACGUUCUCAAAUGACUGUGUUUGCACACGUAGGUGAAUUCUGUCUUGUGUUACCGACUUUUCUUUUCAUUAGCCGUCUUUUUGUAUGUAAAUGAGGCAUUUCAUGUUUGUUUAUAGCCAUGGAAAGAGCAUUUUCUUGUCUCUGUGAUGUCCUGUAUUUUCUGAGAUUCUCAGACGCUACUUUUUCAUUUCCUCCGAACGACUUCACGUGGUUUUGGGACAUUGCAUCCAGUCAGUCGCACCCUGGUUGGAUGUUAAACACGAACCCCGUUUGGAUACUUGCAGAGACAAACUGGCGGACAAUAGACAAUCCACUCCGUGUUCUCCCUGUUGUUUCCUGCCAAUUAGGUUUUAAGUUGACGUUUAUGAAACAAAAUGACUAAUGCAAUGUAUUUUAAGUGUUCAUGUGUAUGUAAAAUGAUGCAUACUACACUUCUAUUUCUUGUUGAGCUGAAGGGGAGGGCACAAGGGCUGGGGCAGGACGGGUUGGAUUUUGCUCCUGCGUACCUGCGGGGGGGAAAAAAAGCAGAGAACGGUUUGCGGUUGUCACAUAUUUUUACGUCACAUGUUUGCUACUGAUCUUAAAAUGGGGACAGUCGAUCAUGUACCUUUUUAUUCAGCUCUUUGGAACUCUCUUUAGGAGAUAGUCUCUUCUCAAUAGUGGUUUUGCUCCUUCUGUUUGUCUGAUUCUUAAAUAUGAAAAUAAGUAUUUUGAUUCAUUUUGUAAAUACCGCUGUAAAGAAAAAUAAGAAAUUUAAUGUUGUCUUUUAAAUACUUUUCAUUCUAAUAUGAAUGUUGUUAUAUUGUACUUAGAAACUGUACCUUUAAUAUUACCUUUAUUAAAAGUGCAUUGGACACAUCGAUUUUAGAUGUGCUUUAUGUGCUGUUAUCCCAUAAUAAAAUUUACCGCUUGUAAUGGGCUCUUA